CAGGCUAGAAAAGGGGAGUUUUCAGAGAGGGGUGUUAAGUUAGUGUCUGCCAUGCCCCCGGGAUAGCAGAGGAGUUUUAGGACGGGACAAAGAGCAUUGGUCAUUCCCAGUGCCUAGGAAAGGGAGUUUUCUGAAAGGGGUAGUAGGUUCAGAGUUUGGACUGGGCCAUGUCUCUGCAAGGUGAUGUGUGUGUGGUGACAGGAGCCUGUGGGUUCCUGGGAGAGAGGCUGGUCCGACUGCUGCUGGAGGAAGACAAGCUCACAGAGAUCCGUAUGCUGGACAUACAUGUCCGACCACAACUCAUACAGUGUCUGGAAGAGAUCAGAGGGGACACGCUGGUAAGUGUAUUUGAGGGGGACAUUAGUGAUAGUGAGCUGCUGAGGAGAGCGUGCAAGGGAGCAUCGCUAGUCUUCCACACUGCGUCCCUCAUAGACGUCACCGGGAAGGUGGUCUACAGUGAGCUUCACAGGGUCAACGUCAAAGGAACCCAGCUCCUUCUGGAGACAUGCGUCCAGGAGAAUGUGGUGUCCUUCAUCUACACCAGCAGCAUCGAGGUGGCCGGCCCCAACGCCAACGGAGACCCCAUCAUCAACGGUGAUGAGAACACACCCUACACAUGCUCCCUAAAGUUCCCCUACAGCAAGACCAAGAAGGAGGCCGAGCAGGUCACACUGCAAGCCCAGGGUGAGGUGCUCCAGAAUGGGGGCCGGCUGGCCACCUGCGCCCUCCGACCCAUGUACAUCUAUGGAGAGGGCUGCCGUUUCCUGUUGGGCCAUAUGGGAGACGGGAUUCGGAACGGGGAUAUGUUGUACCGGACCUCCCGCCCGGAGGCCCAGGUGAACCCUGUAUACGUGGGGAAUGCGGCCCUGGCCCACCUCCAGGCCGCCCGCGCUCUGCGAGACCCCCAGCGGAGAGCCGCCAUCGGAGGGAACUUCUACUACAUCUCAGACGACACUCCACCUGUCAGCUACUCUGACUUCAACCAUGCUGUGUUGUCGCCGCUGGGCUUCAGCAUCCAGGAGAAGCCUAUCCUGCCCAUCCCAGUCCUCUACCUCUUCUGUUUCCUCAUGGAGAUGCUGCAGAUACUGCUCUGCCCCUUCAAGCGCUUCACACCGCCCAUAAACCGGCAGCUCCUCACCAUGCUGAACACGCCCUUCAGCUUCUCCUAUCGGAGGGCUCAGAGGGACAUGGGGUACGCCCCACGGUACAGCUGGGAGGAGGCACGCAAGCGGACCAUGGAUUGGGUGGCUUCCCAGUUACCCAAGGAGAGAGAGAGAAGUAAGGCAAAAUAAUUGCCCCACGAUCUGCUAAUAACACAUAGCAUAUAGCUCACCAUCCCCAGUCCAAGUGUCUAAUCCUCAUUACUGCACUCUGUAAAAGUUUAUAUUAAAGUUGUGUGAAAACCAA